UCACGUGGCCGACGUGUUCCCUCGUAAACCCGGAAGUAAAGAACGCGACGGCCGCUCUGCAGCCUGCUGCCUUGACCGCACACGAUGGACAAAGUUCUACUUUUAACUCUCGUUCUGGUGGUUUUUAUAAGUCCGGUAAGGAGCAGCACUUCCGGUCUUAAGGUCUCCACGGCUCAGCUCUUGGGCUUCGAUUGGAAGAACUGUGGAUCUCCAGAUGCUCCAGCUGUUCUGAAGACUCUGAAUUUGUCUCCUGAUCCCGUCUUCAUCCCCGGAGACAUUCAGGCCUCAGCCUCUGGAUCCACAUCUGUGGAGCUCGCUGCUCCACUGGCUGUGAACGUGACCCUGGAGAAGGAGGUGGCGGGUUUCUGGGUCCGGAUCCCCUGUGUUGAGGAGCUGGGCAGCUGUCACUAUGAAGACGCCUGUGACCUUCUGACCCAGCUGGUCCCUCUGGGUCAGGACUGUCCUGAGCCGCUGCGCACCUAUGGCCUGCCCUGCCGCUGCCCCUUCAAGGCUGGUUCGUACUCUCUGCCUCUGUCAGACUUCUCUCUCCCCAUCAUGGAGCUUCCCUCCUGGCUGACCAAUGGGAACUACCGUGUCCGGGGCGUCCUCGGCAUGCAGGACAAAGAGCUGGGCUGCCUCACAGUGUCUCUAUCCCUCCGCUCCUACUGAUUCAAGGUCAGCUGAUCAACCUGAAGAGUGAGGAAGGGAGAGCAGAAGAUGGCCUGAAGCGAUGACCACACAGUGUGUACGUUCCAACAUAUGGCCUUUAAAGGGAGCCAAUGGGAUUUAAUGUUAAAUUGUUCUGUGUUUAAUCAUUUGAACUCUGCUGAACUGCAGAUUAUAUUUUAUCAGUGUUCAUGUCAGAAAUAAAGAACCAUUAUCGUUAAUUGAGAUGAAUAAAAUAAAUGUAGCAGUCAGAUCUGACAAUUUUAAUUCAGCUUUAAUUCACGUUUUGUUUUUCAUCCAUUCUGUUUAAAAAGUUAUUUUUAUUUCUUUGCUUCAUUGAUUGUUUUACCUUAAAGUUUGAAAGAGAUUUGCUGCAUUUAUAAAUUGAUUUCUUUCAAAAUUAAUCCUUUUAAAGUUCAUAUUAUUUGAUCAUGAUUUGAUACGAAUUUUUAUGUCACGUUUUUAUUUUUUACUUUUGUUAUUCCACAAUUGUGCCAACAGUAAGUAAGUAAGUACAUCUACUACUUUAGUACUGUACCACGUUACAGUCUUUCUCUUAAGCACCAUUUUGAUAGUUUAAAACAGUCAAAACAGAACAUGCAAUUAGAACCUCAGAUCCUUUGCCAAAUGAAACACUUGUAAAAACUAUGCACUAAUUGAUCAGAACCAUAUGUUGGUACCAUGUGACACACACAUGUUACAUCUGACUUUAAACACUCCUCAGCCAUCAGAGCCGUGUGAGUGAAGGACUCUGACGAUACGACAGUACAAAACAAAAUAAAACAUCUAAAAUCUAA